AUGGAAAAUAAGAACAAUGUUACUGAAUUCAUUUUACUAGGUCUUGUGAACAGUCCUGACUUUCAGAAAAUCCUUUUUGUUCUCCUGUUAUUUACUUAUAUUGUCACUGUAGUUGGUAAUGUACUCAUUUUGAUCACUAUAAUUUCCAGCCAGACUUUGUACUCCCCAAUGUACUUCUUCCUUGCCUUUUUGUCUUUAAUAGAUGCAUGCUAUUCAACUUCAAUUGUCCCCAAGAUGCUUGCUGAUUUGCUCUGUGAGACAAAAACGAUUUCCUUCAAUGGAUGCAUGACCCAGGUAUUUGUGGAACAUUUCUUUGGUGCCUCUGAGAUUGUCCUCCUCAUAGUAAUGGCCUUUGACAGAUAUGUGGCCAUCUGCAAGCCACUGCACUACACAACAAUCAUGAACCACCAGCUUUGCUGUAACCUUGUGUGUUUGGCUUGGACAGUGGGCUUCCUGCAUUCAAUGGGACAGAUUCUUACGACAUUCUGGCUCCCCUUCUGUGGACCCAAUGUCAUAGACCACUUUAUGUGUGAUAUUAUCCCUUUGAUCCAACUUGCCUGCACAGACACUGUUUUCAUUGGUCUAUUGAUUGCUACUAAUGGAGGAUUAAUUCCUUUGAUUAGUUUUAUUGUUUUAAUGACAUCCUAUGUUGUCAUACUACAUUCUCUAAAAAGUUAUAGCUCUGCAGGGAGAAGCAAGGCCCUUUCCACUUGUAUCUCUCACAUCACUGUGGUCUUCUUUUUUUUUGUCCCCUGUAUUUUCAUGUAUCUGCGACCAGUGGCCACCUUUCCAGUAGAUAAAGCUGUAACGGUAUUUUAUACUCUUAUCACCCCCAUGUUAAACCCCUUCAUCUACACAGUGAGGAAUUCAGAGGUAAAAAAUGCCAUAAAGAAAUUGUGGAAUGGAAAAAUGGCUUUAGGACAUAAAUGA